CUGUGGCGACCGACGGCCCCCUCGACGCCAAGGAAUUACAGAUGCUUGUUACCUUUUCCAAGCGCAUUGGCGACGAGGAAGCCACGGCCCGCCACCAGACCAAGCUGGAUCAGCUGGCGGAGGCGCCAAGACCUCCCCCCAGGGCGCUCCAGGACCAGGUCUCCGACCUCCACUGCCGCGUCGAGAAGCCAGACCAGCGAUUGGAGCAUGAACUUGCAAAGCUCGCGAGGUGGCAGGAAGGAGCUCGGGCCCAGGAAGUUCUCAUUCACGACAUGCCCAAGCAGAGCCAGGCCAUGGGGGAGGAACAUCGCCAGUUGGUGGCGAGGCCCCAUACAGCAGUGGUCCCCGAAUUCAAAGAGGCGCCCGCUGACAAGGGCCCAGCACUGUCAUUGCAGAACCUCGUCGACGGCAAGGUCGCCAACAUCACGAUUGACGACGGAGGUUUCUUCUUGGCGGGCAUCGAUGGCAUUGGCGAAGCGGACCUGGCCAGAGACGAACGCAGGCGCACGGACUUCAAGGAACACAUCGGCGAGGCCGCGAGGUCUCCGCUGGCGGCGACGGAGGUGGAGCCCCCUCCUCAGCGGCAGCCAGCCCUGCGGCUGGAGGAGGCGGUG